CGUCGUUUACAACGAGCCUGGCCUAGUCGAUGACUGGCUCGCGGACAGGAACAACGUUCCUUGAAACGGGGAUGCCUCGAGGAUGGAGACCGGCAGUGGAGAUGGACCUUCCGGUCUUGAUGUGACAAGAUUCCUCAACCAACAGAAAAUUUUCUGCACCAAAAAUGGAUAGUAAAAGAUUCAGAAGGAAAGAGUUUGAGUUUCCCAUCUCAAGAAACAAGAUAAGUGGAUGAAUCUCGAAAAUGUGGCUCCCGAAUGGAAAGGCGAGUAUUCGGGGAAAAAAAGGUGGUAGAAAUGGGCUGGUUGCUGUGGCCAUAGACAAGGGCAAAUCAAGCAUGCAUGCUAUGAGAUGGGCUGCUGAAAACCUCGUCACGAAAGGCCAGACCAUCAUCCUCAUCCACGUCCUUCGGAAGUCCUCUGCUAAUUCAUGUUCCAACUAUGCCCUUAAUGGCAUUGAUGGUAGUGGCAACAAUAUCGUUCUUGAAAAACCAACUAAAGAUCUCUUCCUUACCUUCCAUUGCUUAUGCACUCGCAAAGAUAUACUAUGUUUCGACGUGGUGCUGGAGGACAUGAACAUUGGCAAGGCCAUAACCGAAUACGCCGCGCACGCUGCAAUCGAGAAUCUAGUUCUCGGAGCAUCUCGCCAUGGCUUCAUUAGAAGAUUGAAGACAGUAGAUGUUCCCACGAGCGUGUCCAGAGCAUCGCCAGAGUUCUGCACAAUUUACGUCAUCUCGAAGUCCAAGAUCUCGUCCGUCCGAAACGCUUCCCGCGAGGCGCCCUUCGCCUCCCCGCUCUUGCCACAGCUGCACCAAUUACAGGAGCAAAACUGCUCUACCAUCAAUCCCGCUGCAUCCAACGAGCCCCGUGUCAUGCCCCGACACCUACCUAGCAAAGGUCCGGACAGGACGCUGCCCAGGGUCAUUGCUGUUGCUGACGAAACUGACAUGACGAGCAAGUCGCCGAUUUUGGCACGAGGCCACAAUCCGAACAUGUUCAUGGAUCUCUCCGACAGCGACUCGGAUAUAUCCUUCAUUAGUUCAGACAGGGCGAGCACAGACAGCAGAUUCAUGGAUCCUCUGCUCUACGACGGCAUGGAUCCAAGCCGGGGCUCUCGAAUGUCGGUUUGCUCUGAGAGAAGCUUCCAAUCGACACGCUCCGGGCUAAGAUUUAACGAUAUGAGUACUAUCAGCGAAUAUUCGACAGGAUCAAUGGAAAAUGAUGAGGUGGAGGCUGAAAUGAGAAGGCUAAAGCUAGAGUUGCAGAAAACAAUGGAUAUGUACAGCACAGCUUGCAAGGAGGCUUUAACAGCCAAGCAAAAGGCGGUGGAGCUACACCGGUGGAGAGAGGAUGAAGAAAAGAGGCUCGAGGAGGCAGCACGAGUGACAGUGGGGCAAGAGAAAGGCCGAUACAGACCAGCUAUGGAGAAUUUUGAAACAGGCCAGACUCUGAGAUACAGAAAAUAUUCCAUCGAGGAGAUUGAGCUGGCUACGGACUGCUUCCACGAGUCACGCAAGAUCGGGGAAGGCGGCUAUGGCCCCGUCUACAAGUGCUCCCUUGACCACACGCCAGUCGCAGUGAAAGUCCUGCGACCGGAUGCGGCUAAAGGAAGAUCACAGUUUCAACAAGAGGUCGAAGUGUUGAGCUGUUUAAGACAUCCCAACAUGGUACUACUCCUCGGAGCCUGCCCCGAGUAUGGCUCCCUGGUGUACGAGUACAUGGCCAACGGAAGCCUGGAAGACCGCCUCUUCCGGAAGGGGAACACCCGGCCUCUGUCAUGGCAGCUCCGUUACAGGAUCGCUGCAGAGAUUGCAACAGGGCUGCAUUUCCUCCACCAGACAAAGCCAGAGCCUUUGGUCCACCGCGACCUCAAGCCUGGCAACAUCCUGCUAGACCAGAACUACGUCAGCAAGAUCAGCGACGUAGGUCUGGCAAGACUAGUCCCACCAUCCGUAGCGGAUGAUGUGACGCAGUACAGGAUGACCUCGACAGCAGGGACUUUCUGCUACAUCGACCCGGAGUACCAGCAGACGGGCAUGCUGGGCACGAAAUCCGACGUGUACUCGUUGGGAGUCGUGCUGCUGCAGAUCAUCACGGCCAAGCCUGCCAUGGGGCUGACGCACCAUAUUGGGAGUGCGAUUGAGAAGGGGACGUUGUUGCAGAUGCUGGAUCCGACGGUCUCUGACUGGCCGAUGGAGGAGACGUUGAGCUUUGCGAAGCUGGCAUUACAAUGCACGGAGCUCAGGCGCAAGGACCGGCCAGAUCUUAGCAAGGUCAUUGUGCCUGAGCUGAACAAGCUGAGAGAGCUUGGUGAAGAGAAUAUGGGCAGUUUUUUAAUAGGCGGGAGUACAGCCUCGACUCCUAGCCAUAGCUUCGCGUCAAGCAGCUCGAACUCGAAAUCCUCGAGUUUCAAGAGUGAUCCCAAUGUGCAAUCUGUGUAUAGCGGCACAGGAGAUUGCUCGGGUUCAGCAUCAAUGCCAGGACAUGUAUGAUGUAUCAUUGCAACAAGUCUGCCUCAAAAAUCGAUUCAUGACUCCUAUGUUAGGAAGGUAACUAAAAAGGAAUACGACUCAACGUCGGAGUAAAGUAAUAGUGCAUAACGUAAAAAUAACAUAUAUGUCGUCUUCUAGCAUUAAAAAAGUAAGCUAUGACUCUUGUAUUUUCACUCGUUCGAGACUAGUCAUCUUUUCGAGUACUAGAGAAAGCAUGUACAUGUACGCGACAGUUUGGGAUAUGAAGCACAUCCUCGACUUGAAGGA